UCGUUAACAAUUGAUACAUCAACUUUAGGCUUUAUUCGAGUUGGAUCACUUUAUGUACGUACCAAUGUUGAACAAGAAAUAGAUUUGGGGAAAGGUUUGAUUCAUACGCAAACAGUUAUAGAAUAUCUUGAAAUGCUUGUUGCUGCAAUGCAAAGUAAACGUGUAACAAUGUUAGUUGGACCAACAGCAUCAGGUAAAAGUGCACUACUUUAUGAACUUGCUCGUAUCUGUCAUAAAAACUUAAUCGUUCUUCAUUUAACACAAGAAACUGAAACAGCUGAUUUGAUUGGACAAUGGGUACCUCGUGUUUGUGAGGAAACAAAUCAAUUAUUGGAAGAUUUUCCAGCUAUUAUACAUGUUGACAAUUUUAUAAAACGUCUUACAAAAUUUCUUCUUAUUUAUGUUUGUCCAAUAUUAAAGCGAGAGAAUCCAGAAGCUGAACGAGAAACAAAGUUUUUAUUACCAAGAUUAGUCUCGAAUUGGCUUGAUAUUCGAACACAAUUUCAACUUUAUUUUACUUCGCUAAGUGAUUCUUCAAAAUCUGAAUUAGAAAAACAAACGAUGGAAAAUGAUCAAAGCAGUGAAAAUCAGUCGACUGUCUCCAAAAUAAGUGAUUCAUCUAUAGAAGACCUAACAACAACAGUUAUUGACACAAAUACGAAUAACAAACUAUUAUCACACAUUGAAAAAUGUAUGAAUCAUUUAAAAUUUAUUGAAGAAAAAUUAUCAAAACAAAUUGUCUACCUUGAAAGACACAAAAGUCUCUGUUCAGAUACAAAUAUUCUAUUGCAAGAUUGUAAAAAUCUUAUUCGCUUAAUAAAAAUCUAUCAUAAAGAAUGUUCACUUAAAAAAAAACAAAAAUCGAUAAAUACAAAUACAGAGCAUAGCAAAGCUGAUAUAACAUUUAAAUUUAUUGAAUCACAACUUGUACAAGCAAUUCGUGAAGGUCAUUGGAUUGUAUUAGAUAAUAUCAACAGUGCACCACCUGAAGUACUUGAACGAUUAUUAUCAUUAUUUGAAGAGAAUCCAGUUUUAAAUUUGUAUGAAAAUAAUACAACAGAAGAUGAAAAUAAUGCAACGGAAGAACUUAGUGGAGAUAAAAUUCAUCCAGGUUUUGCUCUUUUUGCCACAUAUAAUCCAAAACUUGAAGGUGCUAAUAAACUUUCAAGUGCAUUAACAAAUCGAGUUCUCUCUAUAUAUGUCGAUGCUCUAGAUAAUGAUGUUAAAUAUGAUUUAAAGGUGAAUAAAAGAAACGAUGCUAAUAAAUUAGAUAAAUUUGAUCCAACAAAAACGAACGUUUAUAAAAUUUUGUUAGAUCAAUUUAUUGGUGUCCAUGGUGGCUAUGAACUCGUAUCGUAUUGUUUAUUUUGUCAUGCUGAUGCUAAAAUGAUGUUACAAAACGAAGACAUACAUACUAUAAAAGGUUUUCAAUAUUCUUUUCGAACAUUACAAAAUACUUGUUCGACAGCUCGAUACUUAAU